AUGGGCCCCGUACUUCUCAGCACCCUUUUCUGCUUUAUUAGCACAGCAUCAGCCAAUAUAUUUGAGUACCAGGCUGAGUCCCAGCCUCUCCGCCCCUGUGAGCUCCAGAGGGAAAAGGCCUUUUUGGAACGAGAAGUCUACGUCCCUCAGUGCUUGGAAGAUGGCCAGUUCCGGACUGUGCAGUGCAAUACGAAUGGCCUCUCCUGCUGGUGUGUAGAUGCCAAUGGUAUUGAGGUACCAGGCACUAAACAGACUGGAGUUCCAAUAGCCUGUUUAUCCUUUUGCCAGCUCCAAAAACAGCAGAUCUUGGUAAGUCAUUACGUCAACAGCAGCGCCAUCUCCUACGUUCCACAGUGCUUGAAUUCGGGGGAGUUUGACCCAGUGCAGUGUGAUGUGGGGCCGGGCCAGUGUUGGUGUGUGGACUCUGAAGGGAUGGAGAUUUAUGGCACAAGGCAGACUGGGAAGCCAACGCGAUGUCCGGGGAGCUGUGAGAUCCGAGACCGUCGCAUUCUGCAUGGAGUUGGGGAAAGGAGCCCACCACAGUGCUCAGCAGAUGGAGAAUUUUUGCCUGUCCAGUGCAAAUUUGUCAACAUGACGGACAUGAUGGUCUUUGAUCUUGUUCACAGUUAUAACAGGUUUCCAGAUGCAUUCCAAACAUUUAGCUCCUUCAGAAGCAUGUUCCCAGAGGUCUCUGGGUACUGUUACUGCGCUGACAGUCUGGGGCGGGAAUUAGCAGAGACUGGCUUGGAAUUGCUGCUUGAGGAAGUUUAUGAUACAGUUUUCACCGCAUUGCAACCUGCCCACACCUUUACUGAGACCAGCAUCUAUCGGAUUCUGCAGAGACGGUUUCUGGGGGUGCAGCUAGCGACCUCUGGCAGGUUCAGAUGCCCCUCUAAAUGUGAGGUUGAGAGGUUUGCAGCCAUUCGCUUCAGACAUACUUAUAGUCCGUCUUGUGAGGAUAAUGGGGACUAUGCCCCAGUGCAGUGCGAGCAGGAAGGGUCUUGCUGGUGUGUGGACCCUGAGGGGCGGGAGAUCCAGGGAACGAGGAGGCAAGGGCAGCUCCUGACAUGUGGUGAAGAACGAGCAUGUGCCUCAGAGAGACACCAGGCUCUAUCGAGGCUUUUAUAUGGACCUGUUGGGCACUUCAGUCAGCACAGUUUGUUCGACAUCCCAGAUGUGACGUCAGAGACUAUAGCCAGGUUUUCGAGCUCUUGCCCUCCUUCCUUCAAGGAGUUGUUUGUGGACUCUGGAUUGCUAUCUCCUAUCACAGCAAAGCAGGAUGCCAGCCAGCUGUUCGCACUAGAAUCCAUCCUCAGUGACGCUGUCAGAGGGAUGUUUCCAUCAAGACAAUUAGCUCGAGUCGCCCUUCGGUUCACCACCAACCCAAAGCGCUUCCAAGAAAACCUGUUUGGAGGAAAGUUCUUGAAGAACCUGAUCCAGUUGAACUUUACGGGAGCGCUCGGCACUAGAGGGAAAUUCAGCAUUGGCCAGUUUUUCCAGCAGGGAGGCGUGACAGGAAUGGACAACGGAGGAGGCUUUGCAGAACGACCCGAGGGGUUGUCACUGGAAACAUCAAAGGAGAGCUUCAAUGUGAGUCAACCUCUUGUGGACAGCUUUGGCCGCACAGUUAGUUUACAGGACAAUCAGAAUGGGGUGGAAUUUCUUGCUUCUCUUCUGGAACUUCCAGAGUUUUUUGUCUUUUUACAACAUGUUAUUUCUGUCCCUGAAAACAUCGCUGAAGAUUUAGGUGAGGUGGUGAAAAUAGCUUUAAAGUCCAAAGAUUGCACUCAGCAGCCCACGGAUUUGUUUGUUCCGACGUGCACCAAGGAGGGGAGGUAUGAGGAAGUUCAGUGCUAUGAAGCCACGUGCUGGUGUGUGGACUCGCGAGGUAAGGAAGUCCCAGGCUCAAGAGCGCUAGGCAAACGUCCAAGGUGUCCCACUGCAUGUGAGAAGCAAAGGGAAAGUCUGCAAAGCUUGAAACAAAGCCAACCUGCAGGGUCUGAUCUGUUUGUUCCCUCUUGUACAACGGAAGGUGGUUUCCUACCGGUCCAGUGCCAUGGAACUAAUUGCAUCUGCGUUGAUUUGGAAGGCAGAGCUAUUCCAGGAACAACAAGAAAAGCUGGGGAGGCCAUGCAGUGUCCAAGUGCUUGCCAAGUAACUGCUGCUCAGGUUUUUCUGAAGACGGUGCAGCUACUGUUGUCAGACCCACGUGCGCUGUCUCAGCUGUCCAGUGUUUACAUUCCACAGUGCAGCACCGACGGUAACUGGAGACAGGUGCAGUGCGAUGGCCCCCCUGAGCAAGCUUUUGAAUGGUACCAAAGGUGGAUCACCCAGAAUAAUGAAGGCAAUACUCUGCCUGUUGUUGACUUGUUGAAAAUACUACUUGAAUAUAAAGAAUCAUCUUCCCAAGGCUUUGCAGCCUUUAUUAAAGGCUUGUAUGUGGCUGGCCACCAGAAUAUCUUCCCAGCAUUGGCCAAGUAUUCUUCUUUUGAUGCUCUUCCCCCUGGAGUGCUGGAGGGCAACGUGACAGUUGUGUCAGAGAACGUUUUAUUGGAUCCAUAUACAUUCUGGCAGCUUCUGCAUGGUCAGCUCACCCAUUACCCAGGGUCCUACGCUGAUUUCAGUGCCCUUUUAGGCCACUUUGAACUGCGCAGUUGUUGGUGUGUUGACAGCAAGGGAGAAGAACUGCAAGGAACUAAGGCCGAGGCGAACAAGAUCCCAGCAUGCCCUGGUGCAUGUGGAAGUGUAAAGAAGGAAGCUAUGCAGUUCAUUGAUGAAGCAGAACAACUCAUCCUAGCUUCGAAUGGCUCCCAUAUUCCUUUGGGACAGAGCUUUUUAAUGGCAAAAGGACUUCGACUAACGGACAACGAUCUUCUUCAUUUUGCUGAGACCUUUCAAUCAGGGAUCGCAUUCUCUGAAAAGCUAUUGGCAGGAAGUGACUAUGCAGUCCGACUGGCAGCACAAUCAACCUUGCAUUUCUACUGGCGGAGUCACUUUACUUCAAAAGGUUCUGCUGGACAAGCUACGCUCCUGGGAUUUCAUCCUUACAUUCCCCAGUGUGAUGGCCUGGGGAACUGGGAACCAGUCCAAUGCUAUGAGAGUACUGGUCACUGCUGGUGUGUGGAUGAAAGGGGAGGCUACAUUACAGAUUCUCUGAUCAUACGCUCAGCACAGUUCCCAAAAUGCCAGACAUCAUGUCAGCGAUCUCGAGCCAAUGCGUUAAUUUCCAGCUGGAAACAGAGUGGAUCAAAGCUCAGCGCUACUGCUGCAGACCUGUUCAUCCCCUCCUGUCUUGAGACUGGAGAAUAUACUGUGCUACAGAAAUCAGAUACAGGUGCUUGGUGUGUGGAUCCCACGUCAGGAACCGUAGUUCAACACAGCAGCAAGGAUUCAGAUGGCAGCCCCCUCUGUCCUGGUUUCUGUAGUAUGCUGAAGUCCAAAGUUAGCUUACGAGAAAUUGGCAAAGGGUACAUCCCUCAGUGUGAAGGGGACAAUGGGAACUUCUCACCACUCCAGUGUGACCAGGAUCAGGAAAGCUGUUGGUGCAUCUUUGAGAAUGGAGAGGAGGUGCCUGGAACACGAGUAAGAGGAGAAAGGCCAGCAUGUGAAAGUCCCCAAUGCCUCCUGCCUUUCAAUGUGUCUUACGUGGUCAAUGGAGCACUUUUCUGUGCAAACAUCUCUGAACAAAAUCAGAAUUUUCAGAAGUGCCAGCUGAUUUGUCGUCAAGGCUUCCAUAGCGCCUUUUCCAAUGUGACAUUCCUGUGUGAUAGAGAGAGUCGCCGUUGGAUCUCAGAACCCCCCAUCUCUCAAAGCUGUCAGAAGCUCCAGUUAUUUCAGAAUGUCCAAGCUCAAACACACUUUGAGCUGUUGCUGCCUUCUGAGAAGACCUGCAGCUCUGACUAUGCUGGUUUACUGCAGGCAUUCCAGAUCUUUAUAUUCGAUGAAUUGAAGGCCCUUGGUUUCUGUCACAUUCAGGUAAAUACGUUUGGAAACACGGGUUCCGUUUCUGUUUGCGAUGAUUCUGCUGUGCUGGUGGAAUGUUUGAGUGUGGACCGACUGGGGGUGAACAUCACAUGGAAAGCUCAGCUUGAAGGCAUCCCAGCAGCUUCUCUCCCUGAUUUACAUGAUAUUGAAAAAGCAAUUGUUGGGGAGAAUCUCAUUGGACGCUUUGUAGCACUGAUUGAAAGUGGUGGCUUUGUGUUACACUUGGACUCCAAACAGUUCCCAGCAGAUACGUCCAUUCGUUUCCCCCGAGAUGAAGAUUUUGACCUAUCUCCCAGUGUUCAGCUCGGAUGCAGGAGCGGAUUUCGAAGAAGUUCAUCUCUUGGGAGAGCGAUCCCAAAUUCCCAAGGAUGUGUUGUUUGUCCUUCAGGCAGCUACUUUCAGAAUGACGAAUGCAUUCCGUGUCCUCCUGGAUUCUAUCAAUUUCAGACAGGAAGCUCCUCCUGCAUCAGGUGUCCUGUGGGGAAAACUACAAUCUCCGUUGGAGCUUUCAUUGCUGAUCACUGUAUCACGGAUUGUCAGAGAAAUAGGCAGGGUUUACAGUGCAGUGAAGAUGGGCAGUAUAGGCCUUCCCAGGCCGAUCCCAUCACCAAGAAAUCCUUCUGUGCUGAUAGUCUUGGAAUGACACUGGACUGGACUGAAACAGACCACCCAUUGACAGAUUCCCAGUGCCUAGUGCUCAGAAAAUUUGAAAGAGUUCCUGAAUCCAAACUGAUCUACAGUGCAGAAGAUGCUAGGAUCCUUCGCUCGGAAACCAUCCAAAGAGACCCUCAGAGUGCGCUCUUGCAGUGCAUUUCAGACUGUGAGACAGAUGAGUCAUGUGGAUUUGUCACAGUAUCUGCUCUGGGUUCUGAGGUGUUGUGUGAACUGCACAGUGCUGCUGAAACCAACUUCAACUGUACCACUUCUGGACUGAUGAAAGGUGUUAUGGGAAAUUCUGCUGCCACUAGCAUUGCUAAUCUUAGCUGCCUGCUUAAAGUGAGGAACCAAGAGAAGGAUGAAGUGACUGUGUAUCUCAAAAAAGGACAAGAAUUCACCAUAUCUGGUCUCAAGACCUUUGAGCUGACGGAUUUUCAGAAUGUGCUUUCUGGCGUGUACAGCUCAGUGGUUCUCUCGGCAGCUGGCAUAUCUUUGACAGACGUUCAUCUCUUCUGCCGUCAGGCUUGCAGCCAGGAUCCUUGCUGUGAUGGUUUUAUCCUCAGCCAGGUUGUACUUGAUGGAGGUACUAUCCUGUGUGGGUUGAUGAGCUACCCAGAUGUGUUGCUCUGCCAUAGAAAUGACUGGAGUCGAAACUCAAAGCCUGGAGGAGAUGGAAUAUGUAAAGGGGUGAACUACAAUGAAAAAAAGCAGCAGUUUUUAUUCAAUCUGGGAGGCCAAGAGUUCGCUGGAACUUCUGAGCUCUCAGAAGAAACGGAAGGAGCCUUCAGCAGCUUUCAGCGUGUCUAUCUGUGGAGAGGUUCUGAUAUGAUUACCCAGACGAAAUCCUCUGCAUGUGAUGCUGCUGUUUUACAAACCCAGACCGAGCUAAUGUUACCAGAUUCUGUAAUGGAACUUUUUUCCCUAAUGGACAACAGCCUGAUACAACUAGACCAAAGCCGUUCCAUCCCAUCCCAGCAGUACUGGCUCUUCAAACACAAGUAUUCAGCAGAGCAGGCGACGCUCUGGUGUCUCACACGUUGCGCACAAGAAGAUGCAUUUUGUCAGCUGGCAGCUCUUCAGAAUACCACAAACACGUAUUUUGCCUGCACACUCUAUCCAGAGGCUCAGAUCUGUGAUAAUUACAUCAACCACAUCCCCGAAAACUGUCAGACAGUAUUACCCCAGCAACUGCAGACCGUGUAUCACAAAAUAGUCAUUCUAGAAGGGACUGCGAAGAGCUUCUACACACGUUUACCGUUCCGUAAAGUAACUGGAGUCUCAGUGAGAAACAAGAUUGACAUGAGCGGGAAAGCCAUUUCCGAUGGGUUUUUUGAGUGUGAGCGCCGAUGUGAUGCUGACCCCUGUUGCACAGGAUUUGGGCUUUUAAAUGACUCACAGUCAACAGGUGGUGAGGUGCUCUGCUUGACUCUGAACAGUUUAGGAAUCCAGACCUGCACUGAGGAAACGGGAAGCACUUGGCAGAUUUCCGAUUGCAGCUCUCCAGAUGUCAGAAUAUAUCCAUUUGGCUGGUAUCAGAAGCCUGCAACCAUGACGAAUACUAUACCCAAUGUGUGCCCACCUGUUCUGUUUCCUCGUAGCCCAGAGAACGUGCCUUUGGACUCCUGGCUGCUCUUGGGUGCCUCCUCAGUACUUACUGAUCCAUCCAUCUUAAACUUUGACGUUGCACAAGUCAGCAGAGAGAUUUCUGAUGACUUCUCCACUGCUAGAGAUUUUUGUCUGUCAGCCUGUUCAAAGAACCAGUCCUGCACAGUGAUUACCCUUGAAAUCCAGCCAUCAGCGAUACAAUGCAUUUUCUACCCCGAUACACAGAUAUGCACACAUGGCCUGCAAGGCCACAGCUGUCAAGUUUUACUCAAGGAGCCAGCGACUUACAUCUAUUGGAGGCAAGAUUCAUUCGCACCCGUCUCUGCACCUGAUUUAACUUCAUCCGUGUACAUUCCAUCCCAUGGAGUUUUGCUCGGCAGGUCCCAAGCAAUCCGGGUUGGUUCUGAGUGGAGAAAUGUUAGUCAGUUUUUUGGCAUUCCAUAUGCAGUACCUCCGACAGCAGAGAACCGGUUUCAUCCUCCAAAGCCCUUUACCUGGCUGCAAUCCUGGAAUGCUACUAUGGUUCGGGCUAGUUGUUGGCAGCCUGGAGAUGGACUGCACCAAUCUUCUCCUGUCAGUGAAGACUGCUUGUACCUGAAUGUGUUUGUGCCUGCCAGCAUUGGCAGAAACAUGGCUGUGCUGCUGUUCUUCCACAAUGGUGUGAGUGGUGAGGGUGAGAAAGGGAGGACGGUCGUAGACGGAUCAUACCUAGCUUCCAUCAGCGAUGUCAUCAUUGUAACUGCAAGUUACCGUGUCGGCGUUUUCGGCUUCCUUAGCACUGGUUCUAGUGUGGCCCGUGGAAACUGGGGUCUUCUGGAUCAGGUGGCAGCUCUGAAAUGGGUGCAGAAGAACAUUGCUAGCUUUGGAGGAGAUCCAAGUCAGAUUUCAGUAGCAGCUGAUCGUAGUGGGGCAGACAUUACCAGCAUCCACCUACUUUCAGGUGCAGCAGAUUUGAAUCUCUUCAAGAGGGCGUUGCUGAUGGGAGGAUCUGCUUUUUCCCCGGUGUCGGUGAUUAGUGAGAAGAAAGCUCAGGACCAAGUGGCAGUUCUGGCUAAUGAACUUGGAUGCCCUUUGUCCAGCAGUGAGGAAAUUGUAUCCUGCCUCCGCCAGUUGCCUGCCAAUGUUCUCAACGAUGCACAGACUAGGCUCCUCGCCAUAAGCGGGCCAUUUCAGUACUGGGGCCCAGUGGUUGAUGGAGUCUACCUUCGGGAACCUCUAGCUGCAGCCCUGCGGCGUUCUCGACUUAGGAAGGUGGAUCUGCUCAUUGGAAGUGCUCAACAAGACGGGCUGAUCAGCAGAGCUAAGGCAAUUAAGAAAUUUGAAGAAAGUCAAGGACGAGCCAAUAGCAAAACAGCCUUUUAUCAGGCUCUGCAAAAUUCCCUUGGAGGAGAGGACUCCAAUUCCUUCAUUGAAGAUGCAGCUGUCUGGUACUAUUCCCUCCAGCACUCGACUGCCGAUUAUGCAUCAUUUUCCCGGGCUUUGGAGAACGCCACACGUGACCACUUUAUCACCUGUCCCAUUAUCAGCAUGGCCAAGGACUGGGCUGAUAACUCCAGAGGGAAUGUCUUCAUGUACCAUGUGCCUGUGAGCUCCUCUCAGAGCAGUUCAGGCCUGGAGCUCUUGCCUGAUGUUCAGUACGCCUUUGGGCUGCCGUUCCACCCACAGUAUGAAGAACAAUUUACUCUGGAAGAAAAGAGCCUUUCCUUAAAAAUAAUGCAGUAUAUAGGCAACUUCAUAAAAUCUGGAAAUCCGAACUAUCCUCAUAACUUCUCAAGAAAAUUAACUGGAGCUGUGUCCCCGUGGCCCAUGUUCCUGUCACAUGCUAAUGGUGAUAACUAUAAGGAGUUCACUGUUUCCUUGCCAAAUCGUAAAGGACUGAAAAGAGCAGAAUGUUCUUUCUGGUCUGAUUAUAUCAAAACACUCAAAGCUUCUACUGGCAGGACAGCUAAUGGAGAGCAAUCGAUGGAAAGCAGUCCCAGUGAAGAACCAGGUGUAGUGUUUAAUUCUGAAGACACACAGAGCCAGUCAGUGGAAGACAAGGUGGCUUACAGCAAAUAG